AUGGGGACAACAAGGUCUCGCUCUAAAAACAGGAAUUCCGGCAGUAAAACGGAGAGGUAUCAUUCCUUCAAUCAGUUUUCUUUUUUUUUAUACUAUCAAUUUUCCUUUAGGUACUCUUAUCACCCUCGGCAACAGUUCGAGGACUCUGACAUGUUCAUUCGUUGGAAGACUAUCGAUCACUACCUAAAGGUUUUUUUUUUCUUUUUGAAACCAUCUCUCCCAAAAAUAAUUGUUUUUCUUCUUCAGAACGACUGCUUAUUAACCCAAGCCGAGCUCCAGCGGCUCGAUGAUCACGUAUAUUCUGCGUCUGACACUUCUUGGCUCAACAACCUUUUCAUGAAAGAUUUUUGGGAGUUUGUCGUCAAGUUUUAUCCUCUCUGGCUUGCACCGAAUCUUAUCACUCUGAUCGGUAAGAAUUUUGUGGAAUAGGUUUUAUAAAAUAUAAAUACUUUCUAGGUCUCAUUGUCAAUCUUUUCACAGUUUUGAUUUUGUCAUAUUAUUGUCCAACUGCGACGGAAACAGCACCCAGCUGGGUCUAUCUAUUGUCUGCUUUUGGACUUUUCGCCUAUCAAACGCUGGACGCGACAGGUUCGUUUGAGAGAAAUGAAAUCAUAAUUAAGAAAAAUACGAAUCAAUAAUAAAUGUGGGUCCCAUUAACACUUUGCAUCUCAAAAAAGUGGACUAAUGAAAAUCUAAAUUUUCAUCACAUUUAAAUUAGAAAAUUCUCUGAGAAAAAAAUGUUAAGUCAAUGUUUUUUCGUAGUCCGAUAAUGCUGAGUUUUUCUUCAAAUGGAAGCCUUAUACUGUAUAAAAGUUGGGAAACCUUGAUAAUUAACGAUGUUGAAGAUGGGAAGCAGGCCCGUCGGAUCGGUGCAUCCUCGCCACUGGGAGAACUUUUCGAUCACGGCUGUGAUUCGGCCUCUCAGGUUUUUUCCCAUUUUUUUUCUGACAAACUAUUUUUUUUUUCAAGGUUUUCGUAACUUUAAACGUUUGCUACGCACUGCAGCUAGGCACAGUCCGUGCCGCCGUUUUCGUGAUUUGCGCUUUUUCGGCCUCGGUUUUCUACUCGGCUCAUUGGAGCACUUAUUGCAUUGGGCAGCUCAGGUUGGUGGUUUGAAACAUCCAACCUGACUCGACUCCAUAUUAGAAAAAAAGUUACCCCAAAUUUUUUUUUGGCCUUCUUUUUUUCCAUAACUCUUUAUAAUUUCUAGAUUUAGAAUGAUCCACGGAUUUCAGAUUUUCCAAAUUUGACGUCACGGAAGCUCAAAUGAGUGUAAUCGCCAUGUUGUUGACAACGGCGAUAUUUGGACCCCAAAUAUGGAGUAUUGGUUGGUUUUUCAAUCUCGAAACAUUUCUUAAUAAACGUUGAGGUUCAGGAAUACUCGGGUAUUCGUUGAAGCAUUUGCUCGUAACGAUCUCCUUUUUGGGAACGGCUUACCAGACGUUGGGUUAUCUGUCCGUUAUCAUUAACGGCGGAGUCGGGCGCAAUGGAUCUACAGGUUUUCCUAAUAGCUUGAAUGUUUUAUGAAAAUUAAUUCACAUAAUCUAAGGCUGGAAUUUUUUCUGAUAACCAAAAUAAUUCUUUUUCAUUUUUUGCUUACACAUUUAUUCACACAUAUUCAGUCUUCAGAGACGAGUCUGCUGAGUUAUGGAUUAUUUGAUGAAAGAGUUCCGACGGUUCGCGAAACUAUUAUUGUUUAAGAACUUUUCAUAGAUCAUUUCGUCAUUAUAUUGAUAUUAGUAGCCGAGAUAUGAGCGUUCCGACGAUCAACUUAUUAUACAUGUAGGAAAAGCGCACAGCUUGUUUUCACCAGCUUAUGUUUAUGAAGCAUAAUCUCAUGGUUAGGAGUAGAGCCCUCCAAAAAGACCGUUUAAAGAUGAUCGAAUGAACUUUUAGCGACAGGUCACUUCAAUGAUCGUUAAACGAAAUGUCGAAAUUUUGUGGUCUCAAAGUAUGAUCAAUGAACAAGAUCAAGUUUACAACCGGUCAUUGUGAAAAGUUCAAUAGGAAAUGGCAAUGGAAACAUCUUCCACGUCGAAAGCCCAUGGGUCAAUUAAGAUGAAAUACCGGUGCAGCUUAAAAAAUGAGAACGGAUUUUUCUCUAGAACGGCAAGAACAUAGUUUGUUGAUUUGAAUUUCGAAUAAAUUUUCCGACUUCGAAAAAGCAAAGAUUUUGAAUUUUUAAACGUUUUGGGGUAAUUGAAUUACGCAAUUUGAACAUAUUCACGCUUUUCAUGAAUAAGGUUUUUAAUGAAUUCUGAAUUUUUUAGUUGCGGGAACUUCUGUACUUUUCCCGAUGUUCCCCCUGCUGGCCGUCGUUGUGCCCUACUGCAUGGUCUACAGUAAAUCGAAUUCGAAAGUUUUCGAGGAAAACAUUUCAAUUUUCGUCCUUCAGUUUGGAGCAGUUGCUGCAAAGGUAUGGGAAUUGUUUCGUAUACUCAAAUAAAUAUUAGAUUACGGUCACAAAUAGGGAUUCACACCAGUAAUGUUUUUUAAUAAACCAUAGUUUCGGUUUUUUUUUUCCUUUUCUUGGUUAUCUGUUUGGGAAAGCCGAUCAAAAGUUUCUUCACGGGGGUUUUGUAUAGUAUAAUAAAACAAAGAAACGGAGUUUUUAACUUAUGUAUGCUUACAUGGGCAGGCUAAUCUAAAGAGCCGCUAUUGCCUCCCAAGUUUUCUCAAUUUAAAGUCAACACUACUUUCCUCAGGUUGAAAGUUAAUUUUAUUUCUUCCUUUUUACCGUUUUUCACGGCAUCUUCUCUCAGUUCACUGGGUUCUUUAUUUGCCCAGGUAUGAUUGUACUUUUUGUGAAAUGUUCAGCUUUUUUCAUGCCGCUUCAAGUCAACUUUCAUAGUUUUUUUCUGUUUAUUAUUUUGUUUUCAGGGUGAAAACAAUUUUCAAAUAAUAAAUUGAAUACAUUUAAGGCCACAAACCGUCUGAUUGUUGCUCAUAUGAGCCGCAGCGAGCUGGGCUUAUGGGACUGGAUCUAUCUUAGUCCAAUCGUUCUUAUAUUGAACCAGUGAGUUCGAAUUUUUGAAGAAAUAUUAAAAACUAUUCAAACAUUUCUUGGAUUUGUAUUUGAUUCUGUUAACUUUUUCGUAAUUGGCGGUGCAGUCUGAUGGGUAGAAGUACAAACAAGAGAUUUUUUGAAUUUUUUGAUAUGAUACGAUUCCCUAUGAAUUUUUGAAGAGACAAUUUCAACGAAGUUUGCAACAAAAAAAGGUUUUAUUCACGAUUUUUCCAAUUAUUCUAUUGGAAAUUAGAGCAAGAAUAAGAAGAACAUGGAAAAAAAGUUCACAGUUUUUUUAAUAUAUUAUCCAAGCUUUCUGCAAAAAAAAAACUCCAUUACACUCUCAGGUACUACGACUUUAUCUUUACCGAAAAGAAGCUUCUGAUUUGGACUACGGUGUACGCCUACACGUCGUUGCUCAUCUACUGCUUCUUCAUCACCCGCCAGAUCUGCGACCACAUGGGAAUUUACUGUUUCACGGUGACCAGACCUCCGUCUCACUCUCUGCAAGGCAAGCCAGCCGUCAACUCGAUGACCAAGAAGUAG